GAGCCAAAUCCUUUUAGAAUUUGGACUUACAAAACCCAAAUCCUAUUUUAUUUCGACCUCUUACUUUCUCUAUUUAUUCCUUCCAUUCUUCUCCAAAAAUUUUACAUCGCUCGCUAAAAUAUCCUUUUUAUUUCCCCAAAUCCAAUCAUCUUCUAAGCUCCUAACAAUGGCUACCAGACUUCAAUUUGAAAAAUCAAGUGAAAUUGGAGUUUUCUCAAAGCUAACUAAUGCAUAUUGUUUGUUACCUACUGGCGGAUCUGAACACUUCUACAACACAUUUGAAUCUGAACUGUCACAAAUUAUCCCGGUAAUCAAAACCUCAAUCGGAGGAACGAGGAUAAUCGGGAGACUCUGUGCCGGAAACAGAAAAGGUCUUCUCUUACCUCACACUACUACAGAUGAAGAAUUUGAUCACUUGAGAAACAAUCUACCAGACGGAGUUGUAGUUAAGCGCAUUGAUGAGCGAUUAUCUGCCCUAGGAAAUUGCAUAGCUUGUAACGACAAUGUUGCUAUGAUGCAUACAGAUCUCGAUGAUGAAACUGAAGAGAUGAUUGGUGAUGUACUUGGUGUCGAAGUUUUCAGGCAAACAAUUGCAGGGAAUGCUCUUGUUGGUAGUUAUUGUGCUAUUUCAAACGCGGGAUGCUUAGUACAUCCUCAUACAUCUGUGGAAGAUAUGUACGAACUUUCAACUCUUCUCGAGGUUCCGUUCAUUGCUGGAACAGUAAAUCGCGGUAGUGAAGCGAUUGCUGCUGGAUUGAUUGUUAAUGACUGGACAGCAUUUACGGGACGAAACACUACUGCAACAGAGGUAUCUGUUAUUGAACGUGUUUUCAAGCUUAGAGAGGCUGAACCUAUAUAUAUUGUUGAUGAGAUGAAGAGAUCAUUGAUCGAUAGUGAUCGAUAGUUAUGUUUGUUUAUUUUUUAAACUUUUUAGAUGCGAAUUAUUACUUAAUAUCUUCUUCUUUUUUAUAUAAAUGAAUUCUUCGAACA